AUGACUAUCACGUGGCUUACGGCCAUUAAUAACCAUGGAAAAUUUAUUUGCUCUAUAAAUGCUACACGACAUACAGCCAAUUUUAUUAAUCAGACAGGUGCGCUCUUUGUGCUGAACGUUCCCGUCCGAGGGAUGGAAGAGCUUGUCUUGGCUAUAGGAAGUUGCACUGGAGCUAACGUGGAAAGGUUUGAGCAAUUUGACAUUGCAGUCUGUGCUCCAGGAGGUGGAGAGCUUGACGAGAUAUUAUUGAAUGCAGAUAAAGUGCAGAUAAAAAAAACAAAAUUGUCGAAGAAAGAAAUAGCGCGACAGGAACGCUGCCAUGCAAUGCGCCACAGCAUUGCGCUACGUGACUGCGUUGCUCACAUGCUGUGUCGAGUGGAAAGCGUGACGGAAGACGAUGGGCAUCUACUGCUUCGGUGUUUGCAGCUUGCUGGGUGGGCUCGACAAGCGUACUGGGACGGAUACAACUUCAUUCCGCAAGAUAUGACGGCUGUAGAGCCGUACCUUACGUUCCUUGGGAGCAAAGUUUUUGGCUGUGUAGUACCCGUAGACUUUAAUCCGACACAAAAAAGAUUGGAAGAUGCGUAA